GCUCACUCUCAGAGAGUGUAAGGCGCUGUCUUACAGCUCCAUUCUCAGAAACAUCGAAAACUCCACUCAAUUCAUUUUCCGAUCCAGGCACACGUUACUGGCUUAAUAUCCUACCUCACCGGUACUUCGCAAUUCUCGAUUAUUUGUCUCUUCUCCUGGCACGGGAGAGCAGCUGGGGAGAAACCCGGUUGACAGAGUUUGAAUAAUAAGACGAAAAUGGGUGGAAAGUCGCGGUUUGCGCACUGAAGUUAGAAGGUCUUUCCUUGUGGAAGUGAAAGAGGUGGCGUGAGUACCACGAGCUCACUCGCUCUUUGAAAGAGUGGGCCUGUCCUUGAGGUUGCUUAAGAUGAGUAUAACAAGUGAUGAAGUCAACUUUUUGGUCUACAGAUAUUUACAGGAAUCCGGUUUCUCCCACUCAGCAUUCACCUUUGGCAUUGAGAGCCACAUCAGCCAGUCCAACAUCAAUGGAACACUAGUGCCUCCUGCUGCCCUCAUCUCGGUCCUGCAGAAAGGCCUCCAGUAUGUGGAGGCUGAGAUCAGCAUCAAUGAGGAUGGUACAGUCUUUGACGGACGGCCUAUCGAGUCGCUAUCUCUGAUUGAUGCGGUGAUGCCGGACGUCGUGCAGACGCGGCAGCAAGCCUUCAGGGAGAAGCUGUCAGUCCAGCAGCAGGCGGCUGGACCCGCUGCAGCCACCAGCGGCAGCAUCCAGCAGAAACCACCAGAGAACGGAGAGGUGGUCAACGGGGACGAGAAUGGCACCCACAACUUGAAUAACCACUCGGAGCCCAUGGAGAUCGAUGGGGAGGUGGAGAUCCCCGCCAGCAAGGCCACGGUGCUGAGGGGCCACGAGUCUGAGGUGUUCAUCUGCGCCUGGAACCCAGUCAGCGACCUGCUGGCCUCAGGGUCGGGAGACUCCACGGCGAGGAUAUGGAACCUGAAUGAGAACAACAGCAGCAGCUCCACACAGCUGGUACUCAGGCACUGCAUCCGAGAGGGAGGUCAGGAUGUCCCAAGCAAUAAGGACGUCACUUCUCUGGAUUGGAAUAGUGAUGGAACUCUGCUGGCAACUGGAUCCUAUGACGGCUUUGCAAGAAUUUGGAGAAAAGAUGGAAAUCUAGCAAGCACCUUGGGGCAGCAUAAAGGGCCUAUAUUUGCACUGAAAUGGAACAAGAAGGGGAACUGCAUCCUCAGUGCUGGAGUUGAUAAGACGACAAUCAUCUGGGACGCACACACGGGUGAAGCUAAGCAGCAGUUCCCUUUCCACUCAGCACCAGCACUGGAUGUGGACUGGCAGAAUAACACAACGUUUGCAUCGUGCAGCACAGAUAUGUGCAUCCAUGUAUGCCGACUGGGCAGUGAUCGACCACUGAAGACCUUCCAGGGACAUACGAAUGAAGUUAAUGCCAUUAAAUGGGACCCAUCAGGGAUGUUACUGGCCUCCUGCUCUGAUGACAUGACUUUGAAGAUCUGGAGUAUGAAGCAGGACUCCUGUGUUCACGACCUCCAAGCUCACAGCAAGGAGAUCUACACCAUCAAAUGGAGCCCCACGGGCCCUGGCACCAAUAACCCCAACUCCAACAUCAUGCUGGCCAGUGCGUCGUUUGACUCCACUGUGCGUCUGUGGGAUGUAGAGAGGGGGAACUGCAUCCACACUCUGACCAAACAUCAGGAGCCUGUCUACAGCGUGGCCUUCAGCCCAGAUGGGAAGUACUUGGCCAGCGGCUCCUUUGACAAAUGCGUCCAUAUUUGGAACACCAUGAGUGGUGCACUGGUGCACAGCUACAGGGGAACAGGAGGCAUCUUUGAAGUUUGCUGGAACAGCACAGGAGACAAAGUUGGAGCAAGUGCUUCAGAUGGCUCCGUGUGUGUUAUUGAUCUUCGAAAGUAGUCGCACACGUGGACAAUAUGGGACACUGAACACCUGUGGCUUGAUGCCUUUCUGAGUUGAGGAUGGUUGGGGCAUCAGCAACCAUGCCCUCUCUGUAUUUGAGUGGCUGACUGGAGGGUCUGAUUGGACAGGAGGCAGGAACAUCAUGCGGACUAAGGGGGUUGUGCCGGAUGAGGACGGAACAUUUGAAAAAUAUAAAUAUGAGAGAAAUGAAUGCCUGUCUCAGACAAAAACCAAAAGAAAUGGCCGGACUGCCCCUGAAUAUGUCAUUGGUUCCGUUCCCAGAGCGUCAUGGUCAGCUGUGAAACACUGCUGUCUCAGAUGGGAGGGUGUGUGGAAGAGCUGCGCAGAAACCCUGCCACUGGGCUGGAUAUCAUCCACUGGCUGGCUGUAUCCGAGGGGGAAAAACUUCAAGCGCAAAGAUACAGAUUUGGACGGGGAAACUGGGACUGCGGUCAGAACGAUCAUCAAGGGGAUUAGAGUUAAGAGACAGAUGAGUCGGGGCUGGCCAGUGCUUUUAUGUGCUGGUGUUGGGAGAGACUGUAGUCGGUCUCAGCAUGCACUAUUCUAACUGUUAAGAAGUGGAGGGGUAGUGUCAGCACUGGCCUUCUCACACAAUGUUAAUGUCUUUUCUUUCUCUUGUUAAGGAGCGCUCUCCUUCAUGCAGUGGGAUGGGCAUAACUAAAUGCUACUCAAUCAAUUUACUAGAGUUGAGUUGUGGAGGUCGGGAAAAAUAUAUUUUGAUGAUGAUAAUGUGCUGUAUCCAGUCUGACCGUGUCUUUGAAGAAUUGAAUCUGCUGAGGCUAAAGGUUUUAUCAAUACGUUUUAUUCCCUUGGUUGACUAAGACCUCCAUGGGCAUCUGCGGACAGCUAGUUGAGGGGGUUCAUAUUAUGUACGUUGUCCCCACUGGAUGUAAAUGUAAUGAAUGUAAACAUAUGUAAAAUAGGUAAGUACACAGAUUUAUAUACUGUGUAUAUAUGCGUAUGUACAGUCCACUCAAAUGUAAUGCUCCAGAAGCUCAUGGCUUGUUUACUUUCCUUGGAUUCUUGCUUUGCUCGUUUUCAUCUGAAGCAUGUUAAACAUGCCAUUCCUUUAAGUUCCAUUCUACACGUGUUCUAUGAUCACAUCCCCUGCGCUGUCUGUGUGAUGGGGAUGUGUGAGCAGCACAUGCGGCCCCCACCUGUAAUGGGUCAUGCUUUAGUGAACUUGUGCAUCUUUAAAGGGCGCUAGGAAAGUGUUUUUUUUUUUUUUUUUUUUUUUUUCUUUUUUUUUUCUUUUUUAAGGGGCCCCAUGGUCCUGGUGCUGCCUAGUCAGCGAGGUGCAAAAUAACAGCCUGGUGAGAGACUCAUCACGCUGCUGAGGUCUGCGCUCUGAGCUUCUCCAUCUGUCCCCGGCCCUCUUCCACCCCACACCAGGUGGACAUUCUGGACUGGACGAUAAACAGCCUCUUGCCAGUCAAGCAAAAGUCCUGCUGUAGCUAUAAUGGGUUAGUCUUGGUAAUUUGACCAUGGUUUCUGAGAGCUAUGGUGGAUGUAUCCUCCCAAAACACAGAUAUGAGAAAAAGGCAAAACACCAGCUGGAACCAGAAUUGACCUUGCUGAAAUGCAUGCAAUGAGUCUAGCUUUAAUUUUUGUAUUGUGCAUUUGAUUGUGAUUUUUUGGAUUUUUAUAACACAGGAUUCUGUGUCUUGACUAAGAAACCACAUUUUUCACAUACUGUACCAGUCUUGUUUUUUGGGGGUCCCUCUUUUGGUUCAGUGCAGCAAGUUUAUUUAGAAGAAAUGUGAAGUGCACUUUUUCAGACAGAAGGGUCAGCCUUUGUUUUCAUUUUUCUGCUAAAAGAGGAAGACCAUUGUUUUAUGGCAUUUUUUAACACAACAUACCGACAUUGGUUGAUGGUUCACUUUUUUUCUGAUUUCAUUCCUUGCCAAGAGCUGUUAUUGUCUGUGUCAGACUGAGAAUGGAAUUGUGGUUGGUUGCCAACUGGGCACGCUGAGAGACCUGGAGCUAAGCAAGUGCUGUGAUGGCUACACCUCUCCCCAGUCUAGGGGGAGGGCAUCUGUUUCCAAGAUGAAAAUGAAGUCACAUUCGAUGUUUCAAAUAAAUCACUUUAUUUUGAUAUUAGAA